AUGUCGAGCUCCAUGGAGCCGCGGCCGCUGACAUCGGCGUUCGAAAGCCCGACCUUCGAUGAGGAUAGCUCGAUCCAUGUGGAGCAGCCGGUCGGGUCCAUGUCAAUCUCGCCCUGUGGGCGAGAUGUCGUGUUGGCCUCCAAGGAAGGUCUGCAUGUCAUUGACCUGGAUUCGCCCUACUCUCCACCCCGCUAUCUUCCUCAUCACACGCCAUGGGAGGUCGCCGAUGUACAGUGGUCGCCCUUUGCGUCUCGCGACUACUGGGUCGUGAGUACGUCGAACCAGAAAGCCCUGGUCUGGAACCUAGCUAUGAAGACCUGGCAGAACUCCAUUGAACAUGUGCUGCACGCCCACUCUCGUGCGAUUACCGACAUCAACUUCUCCGCCUUCCAUCCGGACCUUCUCGCGACAUGCGCCGUGGACAGUUUCGUACACUGUUGGGACCUGCGUACACCUUCUCGCCCGGCCAUAUCAUUCUCGGAUUGGUUUACUGGCGCUACCCAAGUCAAAUGGAAUCGUCAAGACCCCCAUGUCAUCGCCAGCUCCCACGAUAGGUUCCUGCGGAUCUGGGAUGAUCGAAUGGGUGCAUAUCCUAUUCGGUCCAUUGAAGCACACGACACAAAAAUUUACGGAGUCGAUUGGAACCGUGUGCGACGAGGGGCGCUAGCUACUUGCUCGCUCGAUAAGACCAUCAAAUUCUGGGAUUAUACCUCUGAAAUGGACCUACCUGAGAAAAUGAUCAAAACCCCGUUCCCAGCGUGGCGGGCCCGAAAUACACCUUUUGGAUGGGGUGUGUUGGCCAUGCCCCAGAGAGGAAAUAGUGAUCUUCAUCUAUACAGCCGACGGGCUGGCGAUGGUGCCAACCCUGAUGACGAUUUGCCUCUGGUGCACAGCUUCCCGGGCCACAAAGGUCAGGUGAAGGAAUUCCUCUGGCGGCCGCGUGGGGGUGUGACAGAUGGAAUCGACAAUCGCGAGUUCCAGUUAGUAACUUGGGGAACCGAUAAAAAACUUCGCCUGCACCGCGUGGAUCCUGAAAUUUUGGAACGGGUUGGAUAUGAGAAGGGGAAAUCAUUCAUCUCGACUCGUAACGUGACUCGCUUGGGCGCUGUCUAUCGAAGCUUCCGAGAUGUCAACUCGGAUCUAGACUUGGAAGACAUUGAACCUGCCUCGUCUAUUGUGCAUCCUAUCGCAAGCAUUAAUUACUCCGUUGGGCCGGGCAUGAACGCCAUAUCAGUACCCCAUAAUCGUGGCUAUACUCGACAUACCCAUGUGGAUAAUCGGAUGGGCAUGCAGCCACGCUCAAACCUGAGAGCCGACACCAACCCCAUUGCCUGGAUGCGUGGAGUGAAAAUAUCCGGCUGGGAUAUCGAGACACUGGGAGAUGAGAUCAGUCAUGUGGGCGAGAAGUUUACGAAAGUUGCUUUCGAGUCUGUUGAUGUCCGACAAAGAAAAAUUACAAUUUCACUGAAUGGGCCCUGGGGAACGGAUGGUGACUCGCUUUUCCUGAAAGUGGAUAUCAAAUUCCCUACGAGCUACCCGAAAUCCGCCAUACCGACCUUUUCCUGCCAAAAGACUGCAGCCGUGACCGAUGAACUGGCGGGGAGACUUACUGGAGAGCUUCGAACGAUCGCCGAAACCUAUAUGUCCCGAAAACGCGGGUGUCUGGAAGGCGCUGUUCGCUAUCUUCUGGGCGAGAGUACACUGGAAGAAAGCAUCGCUUGGAUAUUGGGCGAAGCUGGCGAGAAUGUCAAGUCUCCGGUCAACGACGACUUGGAGGGGGAGUCUAGUGACGAAGACGAAGUUGGCAUGACACAGAGUCAAGAGUUGGGAAUGAGUUCUGAACUGCUUCGUCCCGUGAAUGCCAAUGUCAUGGUACCUGUCGCCAAAGCAUGUGGUGCCCUGUGGGCGAAUGACGGUCGCUUGAUUUGCUUUUUCCCACCGAAGAAGGACAAGUCCACGGAGUUGUUUGACAACAUCGGAUUCAAAGAGAUGAGCAGACUGUCGAGAACCGAUAAAGUCUUUGAAGGAUUCGGGCGCCUGCAGACUAGCUCGCCGGGUCCACGCAUGAACGGAACAAUUACGAGCACGGACGAUGGGGCGUCCGAUGAUUCUGAUGACUCGUACUCUGAUGACUCUAGCUCAUCAGGUUCGUCGUCAGAUAUUCUGUCCGGGCUGCCUACGCGAUUCCAAGCACCACAAACUUGGCGCAGCGUCGGCAGUAUCGGCAUUUAUCGACCACGGUCUACGGAUCAUUCUCAACGCUCCAUCGGAGGUGCAGCAACCACUAAAUCAACCGAUGCACCGCGGAACAUCGUUUCCAUACAUGACCUAAGCGAUAUCUUACCGGUCAGGAAGGAGCUCGCCAGCAAGUAUCGGAUUUGUGGUAAAGGUAUUGACGUGUGCGCCCACAAUGCUGCUGUCGCACUUGAUGCUGGAUACUACGAACUUGCUCAGAUCUGGGGCCUCAUAAAACUGGUCCUGCAUGUCCGAAGGAAGCCAGGGUCUCCUAACGAGCCACGACUGGGAUUGAAACGUGCCUUACCUGGGCACGAAGCGAAUGCAAAUCAAACUCUCGAGGACAACAGUCUUUACAAAGAUCUGGCUGGAAGUGUGAUUCGAUGGGGCGAUCACCCAAUGGGGGAGUCACUGGCUUGUGCCAGCACUCUUUGA